AUAUGGAUACUUUGGAGUGAUGAGAUGGAUGUGCAGAUGGUAGAGGUGAAAGAUCAGAUCAUAACAAUAAAAACAAAGUGGAUAGGAGUGGAUUCUGAUAUCUGGAUUUCAUUUGUAUAUGCAAAUUGCAACAGGAAAAUAAGAGAAGAGUUGUGGGAAGGUAUAAAAACGCUAGCUGAGGGAAAUGUUGGGAGAGGAAGAUGGGCAGUAAUGGGAGACUUUAAUUGCAUUUUAAAUCCAGAGGAAAAGAAGGGGGGUCUUGAGUAUGACAUGAGGAAAAGCAAGGAGUUUCAACAAUGUAUUAAUGAGACAGAACUAAGAGAUGUAGCCUUUUAUGGGAACACUUUCACCUGGUGGAAUGGAAGAAAUGGUGAGCAGGCAAUCUGGAAGAGACUGGAUAGAUGUUUGGUAAAUGAAUGUUGGGAGAAUGAAUUCAGUACAUAUGUACAACAUUUAUCAAAAAGCACAUCUGACCACUCACCACUGUUGAUCAAGUUGGAACCACAUAAGCAGUUUGGAAGAAAGCCAUUCACAUUUCUGAAUGUAUGGUGUGACCAUGAACAAUUUCAAGAAGUGGUCAGGAGGACUUGGGAGGAGAAGGUGCAGGGAAAUGCAAUGUAUACCUUCAUGAUAAAGCUUAAGAGAUUGAGGGCAGUCCUGAAAAAGUGGAACUGGGAGGUCUUUGGGGAUAUAUUUGCAAAAAUCAAAAAAUUAGAGGGAAGGGUGAUGGAGGUGGAGGGUGAGAUGCAGGACUGCUAUACUGAGGAAAAUGUGAUAAAAUAUAGGAGGGCACAAGCUAAGUUGCAAAAACAGAUAGUAGUUGAGGAGAAAUUUUGGCAACAGAAAUCACAUUCUAAUUGGGUAGUGGAAGGUGAAAGAAACACAAAAUAUUUCCAUGGGAUUGUGAGGGAGAGAAGGAAAAAGCAAUAUAUACACAAGAUAAAAAAUGAAGAGGGGCUGUGGGAGGAGGAGCAAGAGAGAAUAGCUGAGCUGGCUGUGGAAUAUUUUCAGGAAUUGUACACAGAAGGGGAGGUGGAAACUAACCUUGAAGCUUAUGAUUGUUUGCAGGGAUUGGUAACUGAGGAAGACAAUGAAAUGCUAACCAAAAUGCCAACAAUGCAGGAGGUAAGGGAUUGUGUGUUUAGUAUGAAGGCUGAAAGUGCUGCAGGGCCUGAUGGCUUUGGUGGAGGUUUCUACCAAAGCUGUUGGGAGAUUGUGAAAGAUGAUCUAUUCAAUCUGGCAAUACCUUCACACAUGUUCUAUGCCAUUGGUCCCCCUAAAACAGUGAUAAAGAAGAUUGAAAAACUCUUAGCAGAUUUCUUUUGGGGGACCAUUGAUGGCAAGGCAAAAUACCACUGGAGCUCAUGGAGCAAUCUGGCAAAACCAAUAAAGGAGGGAGGUGUAGGGCUGACUAGCUUGUCUGAGGUGAUUGAGGCAGUUGGGAUGAAGCUUUGGUGGCAUUUCAGGGCUCAUAAGUCUCUCUGGGGUGAUUUUCUGAGGGCCAAAUACUGCAAGAGAGCACAUCCUGUGUGUAAAUCUUGGCAGUAUGGGGACUCUCAAGUUUGGAGAAGAAUGCUAGAUUGUAGAGAGAAGGCUGACCAGUAGAUUGGUUGGAGGGUUGGUGAGGGUGAUGUGAGUGUAUGGUGGGAUAACUGGGGAGGGGAGGGAGCUAUAGGCAGGCUGUUUGAAAUUGAAGGAAAGAGUCAGCCAAAAACAACACUGAAGGAGCUUUGGCAGGAUGAGGAAUGGAGGGUGGAUGGGCUGAAUGCACAAACUCAACAUAUGUUGCAGAGCAUAAGGUUAAGACCAAAUGAAAAGGAGCAGGCUUUUUGGAAGUUAAAUAAAGGUGGGAACUUUACAUUGGCAUCUGCAAAAAAGAUGAUCAGACAGCAGAACACAGGAGGGAGGAGAUGUUCUGGUAUAAACAAUGUUGGGCAAAGGAAGUGCCAUGGAAGAAGUCUUUCCUUGCAUGGAGGGUGUUUAAGAAGAAGAUUCCAGCUGAUGAUAUAUUGAGAAGGUUUGGAUAUCAGGUAGUCUCAAGGUGCUCUUGCUGUGCACAGCCUGGGUAUGGCAGUCUGCAACACAUGUUCUGUACAGGGAGGACUGCAACACAUGUAUGGGAAUUCUUUGCAAAAUCACUAGGCUUUAGAAUUCAGAUGAGAGGAUUAAGACAAGUCUGUUAUCAAUGGUGGAAGGAAAAACCUAAGAAUAGAAUGAUCAGAUUCCUUGCUCAUAAAUUGCCUAUUGUGAUUUUAUGGGAACUAUGGGUUCACUAUAAUCCGUGUAAGUAUGGUGGGGAAACACCUUCUGUAGCAAGAGUGAUUUUUAAAGUGACUAGAGACAUGGUGGACUGCAUAAUGAGAAAAUGGCCUAGUUGGGAACCAUUCCCACCUAAUUGGUCAUACAUUUUGAAAAGGGCAGAGGGUUUCAAGUGCACCAAAAUUGUGAAGAGCUCUAGUUGGUGUAAGCCAGCUAAAGGAUGGGUGAGAAUUAACAUUGCUAAGAAAGAGGAAGGGUGUAGUUUCUUUAUUAGGAACGCAAAGGGUGAAUUUGGGUUAGCAGGAGUAUAUGCUGGGGAGGGGGACUUGAUAGGGCAGGUGCUAGGAGACUGUUGGGAAUGGUGCAAAAAGAUGGGUUUAGGGCAAAUUGAAGUUGAAUUGGAAGAGAGACAGGAAAGGGAGGUACUGUAUGGUCUUAGAGUGGAAUGGAGAAAAUGUAAUAAGGAAGUGAAUUGUGUGGCUCAUUGGCUCUUGGAAAAAUGCUUGGGGCAGAACAUUAUCUUUAAAAAGGUAACAGCAUUACCAAGAGGCUUAUUGUUACUUUUAAGCUUGGAAGGUUUUCCACACUUUAGCUCACUGCCAGGUGUGGAUUAUGUUCCCAUUAUUGAGAAGGAGCAAGUGAAGCAGAUGAUGCAUUUAGUCUGAAUGGACUGAGUGUAGGGAUCUGCUGUUGAUUUAUCAAGAACCCUGGUCUGCAAAGGAGUGCAACAGGUGCAGCAGCUGAUGUUGAUUUAGGCUAAUGAGGGUUGCAAUCACUCUGGUUGUAAAUCUGAGGCAGUAAUGCUGAUGAGGGGAGGAUCACAAAAAUUACUCACCUGAGGCAAACAAGAGAAGAAAUCAACAACAGGUCUUAGGAUGGAGAUCUGUUUACUGGUGCAGCUUUGGAGUGAAAUUGUAGAUGCAGCUACCACAAUCUGAAGAAUCAAUGAUAAAUCUGAAAGAUGGGAAUGCAGCAGCAGCACUAGCAACAUGUGUAGGCUCUUAACACCUUUCCUUUCACAUUUGGCUACUAACCUUUGCAGCAAGAUAGCUCUGCCUGGUAUUGCAGCAGAGGGAGUACCUAAGACCUGGGAGGGUAUGUUGGGGGUUAUGGGUGCUUGCUUGUGUGUGCUAGAUGUCUUUUGUCCAGUACAGCAUGUCCACAAGACUGGGAGUGCUUAUUGGGCUAUCUAAUAGGAGUAAGGUGAAUCUGUGAGGUAUAUGUUUAAAAAAAACAAAAGAGAAAGAAAAAGAAAGAUGACAAAAGUGAAAAGAAAAAAGAAAAAAAAGAAAGCAGAAUGCAAUGAAAAGAGAAAAACAAAAUAGAAAAAAUAGAAAAGAAAAAAGGAAAACAGUUAUGAGAAAGGAAAGGAAAAUAGGAGGGAGUGAGGGAGUUGAUCCAUUGCUUGGGGGAGAGGUGCAACAGCUCAGCCUGCAAAAUCACAGAGAUCUGUGAAGACUGAGCUGUCUCUUCCUUUAAGGGUGGUGGUUAGGAUAGGUCAUUGCUUAGAGAGACAUGUCACAUGCUUCCUUUUGGGAACAUACAGAGAUCUGUACAAAGGGAAGCAAUGUCAUCUUUAAGGGUGGUUGGGGGAGGUUAUUGCUUAGAGGUUUGGCACAAAGGGUGCUCUUGGAUAACAUACAGAGCUUCUGUACCAGGAGGACUUGCUAGAUCUCUAAGGGUAACACUCAUAUUAGGAUGUCUAAGGGCAUCAAUCCUAGCUUGAUGUACAGGACAAGGACCAUGGAUAUCUAUUGUUGCAUGCUUGAUUUUUAUGAAUGAAAUGGACCUUGUUUGACUAAGGAUGCUCUCUUGAAAGCAAAGGCAGGGCUACCUUGAUGAAGAGGUAAGGGUUGAAA